AUGAAGGUUACAAUGGAUAAGCUCCUGAGCAACAUGCGCCUCAACGACGUCGCGCGGUUGGCCCCCAACCAGUCGGAGCCGCACCUCCCAGCGAUCUUGCUGGUGCCGACCGCUGACUUAUUCGACUUCGAUGGCUCCAUGAAGAAAGCGCAGGAGGCCGCGGCCGCCCUUCACGACGUCUGCUCCCAGCUGCGCUCGGACCAUGAGAAGUACGCCGACGACGUGAGUCACAUGGUUCACUGCCUUGACCUCUGGAGCAAGAGGAUGGCCGCGGCCCUCGUCUUCUGGUGCGUCGCCGAGUUCUCGCGCUCGGCUCGCGCCACGAACCUAGUGGGGGACAAGAACAAGGCCUUGCAGUUGGGCGACCUCUCUGCCAAGCUGGAUAGGUUCAGGGCGGUCCGCGCGGAGUUGGACAUGAAAGCUCAGAUCGCUGUGAAGAGCGCCCAGGGCUCGGCGGGCGAGAUCGCCCCGCAGUCGGACCUCAAGGUGCUGGCCCAGUUCGUGGAGGUGGUGAAGAAGACAACGCCGGGGGAGCCCUUCUGCGAGGGCCACAAGUCGACGGCGCAGGCAUGCUUCGCCUUCUUCGCGCAGGUGGGCUCGUGCUGUUCCCAAGCUCACUCCGACCAAAUCAAUGACCUCGUCGCCAGCGCGGCAGCAAUAGUGGAGACGGCCAAGGUCGACCUCGUCACUGAGUCCACAUCGAGGGUGGAGGAGGACACCGCGGAGGGCAUGCAGAUGUGCUGCUCGAUGAUCGGUGCCGGGGUGCACCUGGGCACGAAGGCGGGUGCGUUGAAGGGCUCGGCGAUCGCGUACAUGGAGGACAUGUGGAAUCGGCGCUCGGGCAAUGAUAUGCCCAUUACCCAGGUCGAGCUGGGCGCCUUCAUGAACGAGGAGCUGACAAUCGAUGGCAGCAUUAUGAACAAGGUGGUCAGUACCAACGUAGUGGAGGCGACCGCCGCUUUCGAUCAGAUCCUGGGCGUUUGCCAGACCAUGAAGAACCUGGGCAAGCCCAUCGCUGACAGCCAGGCGAAUGAGGACGAGGCCAAGGUCUGCCUCAAGGCUUUGCCUGUGAUGGUCAACGUCGCCGCCUUCUCGAAGGAGACUCCCUCGGCGAAUGGCUCGACCUACAUCGCGGCGGCGGGCCAGGUCCUGAAAGACAUCGAAGUCAACGCGGGGCCGCUGUCGAGCAUGCCAGAGGGCGGGGUCCUCGGCCAGCGGCUGCAGCUCUUCAAGAUCAAGAUGGCUGAGGAGAUUUCCAAGCACAUCGGGGAGAUCACUGUCCAGUUCACGGGGGUCUGCGACGAGAUGGACAAGUACCUGCUGCACGUGGGCAGCACCUUCAAGAAAUGGGACGAGGAGGCGGCGACCAAUUUCGUGAACUUCGAGGGCAGGCAGAGCCUCAAGGACGGCAUCAAGAAGAUCAACGACAACCAGGGCCGCAUAAUGGAGUGGGCGACUGGCUUCAAGGGCACCGCCGUGGACGUCUCGGAUCUCGAGGCGACGGCGACGCGGGCGGAUACGGCCAGGAAGAAGGCCCGGUACCAGAUCGCCGUCCGCGGCGCCGUGGCGAUAAUCCAGGAGAGGGCCGUCUCAAAAGCUGCCAGCUACAUCGCAGACUUGAAGAACAAGCUCAAGAUCUGGGGGUCCAUGCCCGCCUUGGUCAAGCAGAAGCUCCAGGCCCUGGAGGAGAAGGCGGAGCAGCCAGCGGGCUCGGGGGAGCCUGACGCCGGCGGAGGCGCGGAGGCUGCAGGCGGCGAGGCCGCAGCUUGA